UCGGAUCCGCCGCCUCUCCAUUUCCUCCCCCGUCAGACUAAAACCAAUACGACCCGCAGAUCGCCUAUCUCCGGACACCUCCUCCGCAGAUCGCUGCCGCCGCCUCCUCCGCCGCCGCGGCGCGCCGAAGCCGAUGGUCGCCGUUGACCCGCCACCGCGCGUGGAGGCCGCGUCGCCCGCGCUGAAGCGGAGCGGCAGCAUCGACCGCAUCCCGGAGGACGCGCGCCGCAUCCUGCACCGCCUCGCCGGAGAGCUCUGGGGCGGCGAUGUUGACCCGCGCGCUCUCUCCGUGUCCCAGCUCAAGGGCGCCAUGACCAACGAGGUCUUCCGGAUCACCUGGCCCGGCGGCGAGGGCGACCAGCGUAAGGUGCUCGUGCGCAUCUACGGCCAGGGCGUCGAGGUCUUCUUCGACCGUGCCGACGAGAUCCGCACCUUCGAGUGCAUGUCCCGCCACGGCCAGGGGCCCCGCCUCCUCGGCCGCUUCGCCAACGGCCGCAUCGAGGAGUUCAUCAACGCCAGGACGCUCUCGGCGUCGGAUCUGCGCGACCUGGAGAUAUCCGCGCUGAUUGCCAAGAAGCUCCGGGAGUUUCACGAUCUUUACAUGCCUGGACCCAAGAAUGUAUCGUUGUGGCAGAGGCUCAGGCGGUGGCUUGAGGAGGCUCGUGGAAGGUGUUCUGCGGAGGUGGCUAGGGAAUUUCGGCUGGAUGAGCUAGGUGAUGAGAUUGUGAUGCUGGAGAACGCCUUGUCGGGGGUCGAUCAGAUAGUAGGAUUUUGCCACAAUGAUCUGCAGUAUGGGAAUAUUAUGAUAUAUGAAGAGACCAGACAAGUAACCUUAAUUGACUACGAAUAUGCGAGUUUCAACCCUGUUGCAUUUGACAUUGCUAAUCACUUUUGCGAGAUGGCUGCUGAUUAUCAUACAGCAACACCACAUGUGUUGGAUUUUACUAAAUAUCCUGACAUUGAUGAGCAGUGCAAAUUUGUUCAGACGUACCUUAGCUCUUCAGGUGAACAAACGUCACAUGAGCAAGUUGAAAAACUACUUGGCUUGAUUGCGAAGUAUACUCUUGCAAGUCACCUCUUUUGGGGCCUUUGGGGAAUAAUCUCGGGGCACGUGAACAAAAAUAUCGACUUCGAGUACAAGGAGUAUGCAAGGCAACGCUUCGAUCAGUACUGGCAGACAAAGCCUAGGAUACUGGGACCCAACUGAUUAAUCAUGUAUUCUUUUUUCUCUAGUUGUACAGGUUCUUGGCUAGCUGUGGUUAGUAUUGUGAAUUAUGUUUGUCAGUAGUGGCUAGUAGCUGCCAAAGAUCUUUCAGCUCGUUGUGAGCAUCUUCUUGAAUGUGAGGAUUGGUGAUGUGUAAUUAUGUGUACCCAGUAGUCAUUUUACACGGCCUUUUCUUUCCUUA